AUGGAAAAGACAGAAAGAAAUAAUUAUUUACAACAUAUUAAUUUCACGUGUUCCUACCAACACGAAUCCUCUAGUUUGGCUGCAUGGGGAAAUUCUUCCAAUCUCCCCGCGAAUUUGAGAAAGAUUGCCGACGUAGAUAUCGCUAAAUACACGCAUGACAACUGGGAGGAAUUGAAACACGAAUGGGAACCUUACGCCAAGAGAGACACUCUCUGUUUGGGAGCUUGUUUGAUAAAAUACAACCAAGUCAUGAAAGAAGUUGUAAACCAGAAUAUGUCCAAUAAUCUAACGGCUCCAUCUUUAUUUUUAAAGGGUUGGUAUUAUUUAUAUCAUUACGAUAAAGAAAUGGUUGAAGAAGAAUGGUAUGAAACUACUAGAAUGGUUUCGAAACAUAUAAAAGAAAAUAUAGAAAAAGUUUAUUCGCACACUAAUCCUUUUAUAAGAAAUUUUAUCAGACGAUCUAUUAACGGAGGAAGAGUUUCGGCAAAUGGAAAAUCAUUUGAAACGAACAAAAUGGAUGAAAUUUGUAACGUAUUAAAGGAAUAUACAGAACUUGAAAGUAAUAACAUAAUUGAUUUAUUCAAAGAAUACAGCGCAAGCACAAAAGACAAAACGGAGGUUCAUUCGAGACUUAAAAAAAUAGAAGGUACUAAACUAAUGGCAUUUGAUGCUAACGGUUUAUACGCUUCCGCCAUGUCGGAUUUAGACAGUGAAUAUCCGAGAGCGGAAAGUGGAAGACCGUUUCUACCAGAAGAAGAAAAAGAAUUUGUAAAACUCUUCAAUAAACAAAAAUUCAGACCUAGAACAACUAUUUUAACAGUGUGGUUUGACUAUCCCAAAAACAUGUUCUUCCAACCGAUACCAGCUAAAGAUAAAAUCACUUUCACGAUUAAAGAAGGUAAAAAGGAAACUGGCACUAAAAUCAGGUUCAGAAAUGGUUUCUGUCACGACGUAUUAACAUCGGUCGAUAUUCAAGAAAUAGUGAAAGCCGGUGGACGAAUUAUUAGAAUAUUAGAUGGUAAUUCCUUGUAUGGUAAAUCAAUUCAGAAAGAUAUAUUCACAACUAGACAUUUAUGGAAUGAAGCAACUUUAAAGGCCAACUUUGAUGCACGUGUUAAAACCAAUGAGAAAAUUAAUGAUACUCAAUAUAUUGUUGAAACAGAAAUUGAAGAAAAAGAGAUUACUACCGAAGAUAGUAAAUCUACACGACUAACACCUAGUCAUUUGGGAUCAUUCGUUUUAUCUCACAGUAAAAAAAUAAUGAACAAUUUCAUUCACGUCAUAAAUGGAUUUUAUAAACCCGAAAUAUACUAUAACGACACCGAUAGUUUGUACAUUUCAUCCAACAAUUGGAAAAAACUAAAAAGAGCUGGUUUGGUCUCCGAAAAAGACUAUUGCAAAGGUAAAAACGAUUACGGUGACGAUGGAAUUAUAUUUGGUUUAUAUUUAGCACCAAAAGUCAAAUACAACAUCGUUUUGACUUCUGAUGGUGUUUUAAAAGAAAAGAAAACGUUUAAAGGUUAUUCUAAUGAUAAGAUAAGUGUAGCUUGUUAG